UCCAAAAAUUCAAUGUUUGAAAUACACUGCCACAAUAUAUGCACUGUCAAAAAUUCAAUGUCUGAAAUACAAUGCCACAAUAUAUACACUGCCACAAUAUAUCUACACUGCCACAAUUCGGGCAAUCACAGAGCAUACUUCUCAUAGUUUCUAAGAAAAUAUUUUAGUUUGUUUGUGAAGAAAAUUAAAUAAAUAUACCUUCUGAGAAGAACAAGGAUUCUGAGAUUUUUGAGCAAAUUCAUGCUGAUAUCGUGUUCUAUUCAUUCAUUGACUCCGGAGAAACUUGAUGAUAAAAAUUUCCCAUCCUGGUUCUCCUCUGUCUCUGCCAAUCUGACUGCACACCGACUUUUGCCCUAUGUGGAUGGAAGCCGCCCUUCUCCUUCAUCUACUGUCUCUGCCGUUGAUAAAGAAGGCAAGGUCACGCUCAGUCCCAAUCCGGAAUAUGAAAAAUGGUUGAUUAUUGAUGAUCAAUUGCGUGCUUGUCUCCUUGCCAUAAUCAGUCCAUCUGUGCAUCCCUACCUUCACGGACAAACCACCGCUGCAGCCAUUUGGUCUCACUUGCAACUGCGAGAUUCCUGAGCAAGAUGUGAUACUGUGUGUCCUACGUGGUUUACCAUCAGAAUAUUCAUCUAUCAAACAGAAUAUCCGAACUAAUAUUGCAAAUAUCACCUUAACUAAAGUUGUUUCCUGGUU